GUGUAAAAUGACAAUUACGUUUGUUUGAAAAACAGAUUAUCCAGCCACAUUUGUUCAAAAGAGCUUAUCUGAGAUCCAUUUUUCCUUUUCCUGAUAUAGAAUAUGUUAAUUACGUUUAGAAACUAAAAUAUUUGGGGUGUAGUCAAGAACCAUAAAAACUGAAACAGUUUGUCAAAAUGAUAGGAAACCAGAACUGUCACUGUAAUGAUCAAAUGAGUCCUUACUAAUUAGCUGAUCAUUCCAUUCUCCACGAACCAUUAGUAGUGUUGGUGAUAAUAUGGGUGGUACUAUUUUGUACUGAGGAGAGAGACAUUUGCUGAGGGCAUGGAAAACUCAAGGCGAGGUGAUAGGGUGACAAUCUGCCAGUACCUGACUUGCAUGGUAGCCAAUUUGAGUUUUACUGCUUUAAUAUAAUGCAUCAGAGGAACAGUGCAUUCCGCUAUGGUCGUAAAUUUUACAGGUUUAAAACAAACAAGACACAACUUCCCGUGAUAAGAUGUUUCAUGCUGAUCAUCAGAAAAUGGGUACUAUCUAUUCGUAAGAAUCCAUGAUCACAUUAGUAUGUACUGUAGAAUCCAACAUCCUGGUAAACGGAGUCCUACCUUUUCAACUGGGGACAUGCACCAACAAAGCUUAUUUUCAUGGCUCACAUAGCCAUAGACUAUAGGCCUAGUUCAUGGAAGAUGACAGCAAAUGAUAUAAGCAGUAACUCAUCAGGUUUAAUAGUUAAUGAUUGGCCUGGUCAUUUUCACAGGUGCUCUUUACAGUUAGAACAUGUUUCCAUGACGACAAGUUCCUCUUUUUGAACGUGUAUUUUAAGGUUGCAGCUCACAAAAUAGCUGCCAGUUAGGGAGGGGUUCCAUUUGAAGCAGCUGUGCUCAUUGCAAGGUCCUUACAGAUCUUUUUCUCGACUAUACAUACAAAAUAAUACAUUUUGAUAAUAACUUCUUUAAAUCUUAACCGGUGACCAUGCCUUCGUGUCACACAGACUGCAUUGAAAAAUCAGUGUCAAAUUGGUUUCAUAAACUUGGAGGUUUUGUUGGGAGAAAUCCAUGGUGGUUUCUACUUGUCCCUUUGUUAAUCUCUGCGGGGCUUGGGGCAGGAUUUUACUUCCUUGAAGAGAGAGAGGCGCAUGGCAUAGAGGACCAGUUUACUCCAAAGGACGGGCCUGCAAAACAGGAGAGACAUUUUGUCAAAGAACAUUUUCCUCAGAAUGAUUCAGAGUUCUCUCGUUUGCGGCUGUAUAACGAGGGGAGCUAUGGGUCUUUCAUCGCUGUUUCAAAGUCAUCCGAUAUCUUGAGUGAGAAGGCAUUUGAGGAGAUCAUAUAUUUAGAUGGAACAGUUAGAGAGAUGGUAGGCCAAAAAGGAAAAACCUAUGAAAACCUUUGUGCCAUGAAAAGUAACAGGUGCUUUUCAAAUGACAUGUUAGAUAUCAUUAAUGGCACAGCUAGUACAAUUAAGAAGGCAAACUUGACCUUUCCUUAUCAUAAUUCAACGUCAAACACCAUCUUUUUGGGGACAGAACUUGGUGGAGUAGUUUUGAAUUCAAGUAUCAUCGUUAGUGCAAAGGCUGUUCGACUCUUCUACUUUCUCAGAGAAAACAACGAGGCAGAAAAUGAUGAUUGGCUACAUGGGUUUACUCAAGUGUUUUCCAACUUGUCAGAUGAAUUGAAUAAGCGGCAGAUUCAAGUUUCAUACUUCACAUCUAAUUCUAGAGAGGAGGAGUUUAAGGAAAACUCCAAAUCUGUGAUUCCUCUCUUCUCCGUCACAUACUUCCUGGCCAUAAGUUUUUCAAUUAUAUCUUGCUUGAGGUUGGACUGUGUGAGGAACAAGGUGUGGGUGGCCAUCUUUGGUGCUCUAUCUGCAGGCCUAGCUGUGCUGUCCAGUUUCGGGUUGUUGCUGCUCUGUGGAAUGCCCUUUGCCAUGACUGUUGCAACGGCUCCUUUCUUAAUACUGGGAAUUGGUGUUGACGACAUGUUCAUCAUGAUUUCCUGCUGGCAGCAGACUCAAGUUCAUGACAGCGUAGAGGACCGUAUGGCAGCUACAUACAAAGAGGCAGCUGUCUCUAUCACCAUCACAACACUAACUGAUGCCCUGGCCUUCUAUAUUGGUCUGUUAACUCCCUUUCGUUCUGUACAAUCCUUUUGUAUGUAUACUGGCACAGCUGUCCUGUUCUGUUACUUGUACAAUAUUACCUUCUUUGGUGCAUUUCUGGCAUUGAAUGGGAGUCGUGAAAAGGGCAACAGACACUGGCUGACAUGCAUGAAGGUUCCAGAACCAGAGGAUAGUCCUGAAAAGUACAAUAUCUGCUGUGUAGGAGGAGCUUAUGACCAGGAAACGGGAAAAGAGGAAGUUAUGCCCAUUAACAACUUCUUUAAGAUGUACUAUGGGCCAUUUCUAACAACUACUUGGACCAAGGUGUUUGUGAUCCUGCUCUAUGCUGGAUAUUUGGGCUCAAGUAUCUAUGGUUGCUUCCAAAUACAAGAAGGCAUAGACCUUAAAAACCUAGCAGCUGAUAGCUCAUAUGUGGGUAGCUAUUAUGAUAAUGAGGACCAAUACUUUUCAGAGUAUGGUCCAAAUGUUAUGGUUGUUGUGACUGACAGUAAGUUUCAAUAUUGGGACAAAACUGCUCGAAAGCGUCUUGAUACUUGUCUUAAACGUUUUGAGAGUCUAACUUUGGAUGGUCGAUCAUUGGUUGCUAAAGAUAUGACUCUUUCUUGGCUUAAUGAAUAUGUGAAAGUUAUAAAUCCAAAUAACAAAACCAUUUUCAUGGAUAGUUUACCUGCGUUUUUACAACGAUCAGACUUCAGACAAGAUGUGAAUAUUUCAAACAAAGUCAUAAUUGCCUCGCGAAUGUUUAUUCAGACAAUCAACGUCAGUACAGCUGUUGAUGAAAAGAACAUGUUGAAUAAGCUUCGAGAGACAGCUAAUGGUUGUUCAGAAAAGUUGGUUGUUUACCACCCUGCUUUCAUAUACUUUGACCAGUAUGCAGUCAUUGUUAGUAAUACCAUCCAAAACAUUGUAGUUGCCACUCUUGCCAUGCUGGUGAUCUCCCUCAUGUUGAUCCCCAACCCCAUAUGUUCUCUGUGGGUGACCUUUGCUAUUGCCUCUGUCAUAGUGGGUGUUGCUGGUUUCAUGGCAUUAUGGGAUGUCAAUCUAGACUCUGUAUCCAUGAUCAAUCUUGUCAUCUGCAUUGGUUUCUCAGUGGAUUUUUCUGCUCACAUUUCCUAUGCUUUUGUCUCUAGCAAAGAGGUCACUGCUAAUAAGAAGGCUGUAGAUGCUAUCUAUCACUUGGGGUAUCCCAUCAUACAGGGAGCUGUGUCUACUAUUUUAGGAGUGGUGGUGCUGUCUGCAGCUGAGAGCUACAUCUUCAGAACCUUCUUUAAGAUCAUGUUCUUGGUCAUUUUGUUUGGGGUACUUCAUGGCAUCGUUUUCAUCCCUGUGUUUCUGACCUUCUUUGGCAUAUGCAAUUUUAAUUGACCAAGAUUCACACAGAACACACUAAUCAUGGUUGAAAGAGUUGGUAGAAUAGCAGUUAAAUUGUUUUAAUGAACUGACUUUUUUGCUUACUUCUAAUCUUGUGAUUAUGUCAUACUUUGCUUUUAUGGUGUCAAAAUAUGUAUUUUUAUGAGUCAUCUUUUUGUUUUUAUGUUUUUUGAAUCAUUUUAGAAAUAGUUUGUAAUGUAAAUGCUGUGUUGAUUGUUACUACAGUGUGCUUAUAUUUAUCUUUGUUGUAAUUGUGUUUUAAAAAGCGAAUAAAAUUAUCUUAAAUUAUA